AAAUUGUCCUCCAGAGUCAUCAUCUUAGGAGGGUGUCCUUUUAAUUCAUAUUAUUACUAUUGUUAAAAACUUAUUUUUGAACUCUAAUAUUUAGAAUUAUUUUUGGAGCUUGUUCAAGAAUUUUUAAGACAAUCAGUUUCAUUGUGGUUUUUGGCCCCAACAAUAUGAUUCAAUUUAUCUCCGCUUUAUUCCCAAGACUUAGCCAGGAAUUAAUUGUACUCACUUCCAAGAAUCAAAUUCAUUCUCAGAGGAUGAUUAUUUGCCGCCAUUCAUGGCACUCAAAAGGCCAUGUCACAGCUCCAAGGACAGUUUCAAAAGUUGUUCCAAAAAUGUUCGGAGUAAUGGCAAUAGCAUUGGAAUAAAUGAUAACCUUCCAAAGUAAUUUGCUACUUAUUUGAAAGUAUAUGCUCUAGGAGUUUAAAAAAUUAUAAUUCAUAAAGUUAGACCACACACAUGGAAAUCAAUUUCCAUUCCUACCUAUAAAACGUCUCCCCUUCACCCCUUGACACACAAAUAUACCCAGAUCCCUAUACUGACAAUCACAGUCAUCUUUUCUGCUCGAGUCUUCUUUGCAUCUGUGGCUGGGUCCUGGCUUUUUCUGCUCCACCAUAAUCCUACCAGCCAUUGCUGGCUCUUAUAUACCCAGGCUGUAAGUCUGAACGAAGACAUCAUGUAUCUUGGUUUCCCUGAACUUUUCUGAUAGAGCUGGUUGUAUGAAAAAACAUUUCCUUCAAGGAAGGUGAGUGGGGCAGAGUAUCAGGGCUGUUAGAGCAUUAACAAAGAUUUUGGAGUCUUUUGGGUCCAUUGUCUCUUUCCCCCAACCAAAGUCAUGGUAGGGGAUGCCCCACUGUGGCCAGGGCCAGGCACUCUGGGAAGCAGGCCAGGCCGAGAGGCAGAGGCUCAGGACUCAGUUUCUGGUGCUUACAGACCUUGAGGCCCCCUUUCCUCCUGCCAAGCACCAAGGAGCAGACGCACCUCAUGGUCUCUCUGGGACAUUCCCAGUCCUAACCACACAGAAUAUACAAACAGUAGCAUGUUUAUGUGAUGUCUGUCUCUGACUGUGACUUGAAGUCAGUCCUCCUACGAUGUUUUACAAAUACCUACAGGUAGCUGUAAGCUGUGACGGGAAAACCUCCACAGUGCUUUGUUUGUUGGAUCGAUCAACACGGGAGGUUGAGCUUGGCCUUGACUAUGGAACUCCCACCAUGAACCUGGCAGGGCAAAGCCUGAAGUUUGAGAAUGGCCAGUGGAUAGCAGAGACAGGGAUUAGUGGAGGCGUGGACCGGAGGGAGGCUCAGCGCCUUCGGAGGCGGAACCAGCAGUUGGAAGAAGAGAACAAUCUCUUGCGGCUCAAAGUGGACAUCCUACUAGAUAUGCUCUCUGAGACCACUGCUGAAUCCCAUUUAAUGGAAAAGGAAUUGGAUGAACUGAAGAGUGUCACCCGGAGGAGAAAAUGAAGACCCCAAAGAGAUUUGUUAGGAGAGUGGGGAGAAACCCACUGAUCAGAGGGGUAGGAUGUGGCUGAAAUUAUUUUUAGCCAAACUAAUGGAUUGGGUCCUGGGAGAGAGUAUCAUGUAGUGGGGCCAAAAGUCAUUGGCACCCUUGGCUAGUCAAUAGGAAGUGACAACAAUUGAGCAAACCAAGAUGCCAGGCCAGUCAGUAGCCAGGACUGUAUUCUCGAUGCGCCACAUAGGGAUGCCAGUCUGUAAACAAGACUGGAGGGAUGUCUGGGGGGUGAUGUUAAGCUUUGGGUGCUCUCUACAUAUGCAAGAACACAAAUGCACGUGUUCCAGACUCAUACCCAUUGGAAUCAGACACAGAAGCAGCUGGAGUUCAUCUUCUCACCCCUUCCGUCAGUGUUUGGGGAUGGCACCAAUUCUGAGGAGGCCUGCAUCAGGGGGUCUUGGAGGGGUGGCUCUCCUGGUUCUCUGCCCCUCAUGCCACUCUCUCCCUGCCUUUAAAGAAUAUUCAGUCCUCAGAUCCACAGCUGCCUCUGGCUUCAGCUUCUCAGCAGCAAGGACCAGCAUUCCUUGGCAACACUAUGUUUUUUGUGCUACUUUCCUGUUUAAACUUUUUUAUAUAUAUAAAUAAUGUUAAAUGAA